CCCUACUCCGUGUAGCGAAAGUUACGAGACUGAGGAGAUGUCUUCUGAGGAUACAUUGAGCAUUGGGGGGAGCAAGGAAGUAAGGAUGUUGGAGUACAGUGAUGUGAGCAUUGAGGGUGAAUCGUCUGGGUCUGAGUGGACAAAGGGGGGGGUAGAGAGAAAUGAGGUAGUUGAGGUUGGGGCAGAAGAGGUGCUUGUCAAUAUUUUGGAAGUGGGAGAUAGGAGGGAUAAGUGUUAUGAUAGUGGGGCAAACAUUGUGUCUGAGGUAAAGGGGUAUGAGUCUGAGCUCAAGGGUAGGGAUAGCCUGAGUUAUCUCGUAGAAAGCUACGAGAUAUCUUCUAAAGUGUUAAUUAUGCCUGCUAGAGUGAAAGAAAGGGCAUGCUCUACACCCAAGGAUCACUGGAUGCCAGUGUAUGCCCAUUACUUGGCAGCAGGGCUUAGAUUUCCUUUACUUGAUUUGUUAGUGUGGUUGCUAUUAGAGUAUAGUGUAGGCUUAACCCAAUUAUCGCCCAAUGCAGUGAGGGUGAUAAUUGGGUUUGUAGUUUACUGCCAGGCUAGGGGUUAGGGUGCCCACAGUAAACAUGUUUAAGCACU